CUUCACCGACCGAGUCGCCCGUCCCGGGCCCGGACCGCGUCCGAGGGGCCGCGGGGCCCACACGCUCACUCCCCAGCUCUGCCUCCUUCCCUUUUCUUCCCCACCCCGGCCGGCGGCGGGCAUCGCAGGCAAACUGACCCAGUCUGACACACCAGCAGCAACAGGCCACUCCGUGCUCUCGCGGAAACAGUGGAAGCAGGCAAGCAGCCGCCGCCAGCAGAGCGAGGCGGGGAGCCGAGCAUACCGGUGAGGCGAGCGCCCGGCGUCUUAAGCGAAGGCAAGCGCGGCUGAUCUGAUCCCUUCUUCCCUCCCGCUGCAGUCGACAGGGGAGGGAACGGGCCAACGGGGCCGCGGCCGCCAUGGAGGAAGCGGGGAGGGGUACUGGCUGCGGCUUGCUCAAGGUCGUUGUGGCGCGCGGCCGCAGCCUCGCCGUCAGGGACUUCACCUCCAGCGACCCGUACGUCAUCGUCCGCGUCGCCGACACGACUGCAAAGACAAAAGUCAUCAACAGUUGCCUAAAUCCAGUUUGGAAUGAAGAGAUGACAUUCUCCAUGAAAGAACCAGUAGGAGUCAUCAAAUUUGAGGUGUUUGACUGGGACCGGUUCAAGUAUGAUGACAAGAUGGGGCACGCCUUCCUGGACCUGCAGCCUGUGGCAGCAGCGACGAAGCUGCGGCGAGCGCUGCGGCUCACGGCAGGAGAAACCAAGCUCCGGAAGGUAGCCCCCGAUGUCGACAACUGCCUGCUGUCUGACAGCUUCGUGAUGUACUCCAACGGGGAGGUCGUGCUAGACGCCUGGCUGCGACUGCGUGACGUCGAGUCUGGCGAGCUGUUCAUCACAGUUAAGUGGAUCGAAGCUGAAAACACAAAAUGAUCACAACCCAUGAGACCAUUAGCGAUGCAUUUUACUUGCAACAGUAGAUGAGAUGACGUUGGUGUAGGGGUGCUUCUCUUGUUGUGCCCAUAUGUGAUUUAUCAGUGAUAUUUCUUCUUUCCUUUUGUGUGUGCACUGUCUGACCUGAAUGUAAAUUUUCCACGGUUCUUAACAGAACAAGUAGCGUCUUGCUCGGAAAAAAGUAUGCCAAAUGGGCAUGUUCUGGUCUUUCUAUGGUUUUUGAAUUUUUAUUUGCUGAUGAUGGAUAAUCCCAGUGACCUUUGAGCUUUGAGUGACAA